ACCACCACUCACCCCUAAGUUAAAAGUGUCACAUAGAAACCUGCAGUGCCGUCGCUCCUGCAGCUGCAUGUCUCAUCACAUUAGACGCAAGCAAGCCCCUACUUAGCACGUGAUGAAUUAGGGAGGGUUACAUCAAGGUAGGUAGGUAGGUGGAUGCAGGAGACCAGAGCUCGGAAUAUUGGACACCGAGUAUGCGUUUUUGCGGUUGUUACCUGGAGCUUAGCUUCAGCCUCAUGUUUUGGGUGGAGAAGAGGAAGGGAUGGAUGGGGACGGGAUUUAGUAGCCAUUGUAGGAGUACUUAUGCAGAAGGAUUCUGAGCUGUCAAUGCGAGUCCUGACUUGGGUAGGUAGAAGUGAAGCUAAUGGAACUUGCAUUGCAUGGCUCUCCUAUCGGGAAGAGAGCGGCUCUGCCUUAGACGACGACGUCGAGCUGUUGCCUACGUUCAAGAUAAGGGGAGGUAGCAUUCGGAAAGAUAUCAUGAUGUGAUUUGAUAUUAGGGAUCUCUUGUAUCUCUAGCAGUACCCCUUGACCAAUUUUCCAAAUCCCGUCGUGCAAUACAUGUAAGCGAAAAGCCCAAUUUUAAUAUCCAAUCUUUAUACCAACUCCAGGAUUGCCGCCAAUGGGGGUAUCAUCCUAAAUAUCCAAUCCGA